CCGGCCGGCACGGGGCGCGGGGGCAGGGUGGGCGUUCUGGCCUCGGCGCCUGACCCCAGCCCUCGCCCGGCCCCACGGCGCGGCCGCCAGCUUAGCAUUGUGUUCCCUACAAGAGAGAAUGGAGAGAAAUAAUGAGGAUAGGAAUCCAGUGACAAGUUUCUAAACAAGCCUUCACUUGUACCAUGGUCUCCCUAAGUCACCAAAUUGCCUGGACUGGGCUCCUCCUGCUUCAGCCUCCCAGAGUGCUGAGAUAACAGGAUCAGGCCUGUGGUUGAUACUCAGUAAUGAUGGAUGGAUGGAUGGAUGGAUGGAUGGAUGGAUGAAUGGACAGAUGGACUGAUAAAAGAGUUUACCAGUAAGCCAAGAGAAUGAGAUAUUCUGGUACCUGGAACUGAAAGGGGGAACAAGAGAAACUGAUAAAGAAGGCAUUGUUCUUUUUCACUGAGACCAUCUUCCAAAAUAAAUCCUUGCUUCUGAACACUUUUCUUCACCCUGUUGCAUUUGCUGAGAUACUUGGUGCCACAAAUGGCCGUACAGAAAGACUUUUCAGAUAGAUUUUGAUACUGGACCAACCAGACAGUCAUAAGGACCCCAUUACUGCUGAUGAAUGGGAUGAUGGUAUCUUCUGCUGGUGUGCAGAAACCUCACAAAUACUAGGAGGUUUCCUGCUAUGAGUCAGAACGGUGGAGGAAGAUGAAGUAUUAGCUUAUGUGUUAGUGAUAACACAGAAAAAUAUGUGGUCAUUCAUUUUAAGGAAAGAACAAACUGACUUCGGAAAAGAAAAUGGCAUCCUUUAGUUAGCCAACUAUCAAGCCCAAAGAGUGCUGAGAGUUUCCGCAGAAGCACAGAGUGCUGCCUCCUGCCUCUGCCAUAGGACAUCUGCGAAAACCUAGGCCCAGGGGCUGAUUGUGCAUGCAGCCCAGCUACGAAGAGGAGCAUAUUCAGCCUCACAGGUCUCUGAUAUCAGAGUCAGGACCCAGAUAAAGAAACACUAGACCUUUACACAUGGGAUAGAUUAUUUAGAAGGACAGACAUGAUAGCCUUGAAUUCCAGAUUCCUCUGAACAACCAAAAGCAGCAGUGUCUGCUCCCUCCCUGGAAGAGAACAGCCCCCCUUGCCUGCAGACCCUGCAAAGGCCCCACUGGAUGGAGAAGCCUCGCCAGGUGUGUUUGUCCUAAAAUCUGCUUCUCCCUCCACAUAACCAACCAACAGAGGAGGCAAAUUAGAGGUUGGCUCAAUGUUUUUCUGCUGUCGCAUGACAGCCUGUCUAUAAAUAUAAGGACAGUGGUCAAGGAAAACCCUUCUGGCUGGCUGUUUUACAAUCAACCCACCUUAUAUCCAGAGAUAAAUGGCUUAGAUAUGGCUAAAUGUGAUCAUUUGGGCAGUGGUGAGUAGUUAGGUGGUCUCAGCCUUGGAGAAGACAAGACUGAAAGAGCAGAAACAAGAAAGUCUAAGGAAGAGCCAGAGAAACGGAUUUAUGGGAAUGAGUUGAAGUCAGAGAAUCGUCGUAUUUCACCUUACGUUAUUGUGUGCUAGAUACGAACCCUCCCAAAGGUGCAUGCAACAACCAAGAAGAUGGAAUGGCUUGUCUCUGCCAAAGCCCCUGGCCUUCCUUUCAACCUGGACCUGGUGACUAAGACAGAAGCAGCAACCUACCUUCCUCCUGACUCAAUACCUGUGUCCUGGUAACUGCUAGGUGCCGAUUGGCCAGGGCCUACAUGGAGCAUAGGACCAAGAAUGUAUGUGCUGCAAGUGAGAGUAAGCCCAGUUCUGCUCAGCCAUCAUCUCACUGUGAUCCCUCUGGCUUAUUUACACGCCAGGGCUCUGCUUCUCAUUCCACACUCAGGAGAAGGAUAUGCUGAGGCUAACUCGCUCCCCCAGCAGGAAGAUGGAAGCCACAUGAAGCAGAAUUUCCCCAGACAAGCAGUCUAGAGCAGAGUCCCCACUCAACCUGUCCCAUGGUCACCUGCUCUGGCACAAUGGGAGUGAAGCCUGCAGACAUCUUCAUACCCUCUGAGUGACACUCUGGACUUAAAGCAGGGGAUUUUGCUGCCAGUCCAACUGGAAGAGCUAAGCCUGCUGCUAGAUUCCUGAAAACACAGCCAUUUUCAUGUGUAAACGUUGUAACCUUUUCUCGCCAAACCAGUCGGAACUGCUUUCCCACGUCUCUGAGAAGCACAGGGAUGGAGGAGUUAAUGUGGAUGACAUCAUCAUCCCCCUGAGGCCUCUGAGUACUCCUGAACCCCUCAACCCUAGCAGGACCGGAGAUGAGUUUUCGGUCAUGAAGAGGAAGAGAGGCAGACCUAAGGGGUCCACAAAAAAGCCAAGUGCAGAAGAGGACCUGGCAGAAAACACUGUGAGUCCAAACGGGGAUGGCCAGCUGGCCCCAGAGGAAGGGAGUGGCCUGACCCCCAGCAGCCUGGAGUGCAGCAAGUGCUGUCGGAAGUUCUCCAACACACGCCAGCUGCGGAAGCACAUCUGCAUCAUCGUGCUGAAUUUGGGUGAGGAGGAAGGAGAAGCAGGUAAUGAGUCAGACCUUGAAGGAGAAAAGAAGUAUAAGGAAGAUGAUCGAGAAAAGGCUCCCAAAAGACCUCGGUCCCAGAAAACAGAGAAAGUCCAGAAGGUCUCCUCAGGAAAGGAGGCGCGGCAGCUCUCUGGAGUAAAGAAACCCAUCAUCAGCGUGGUUUUAACUGCUCACGAAGCCAUUCCAGGUGCUACCAAGAUUAUUCCAGUGGAGGCUGGGCCCCCGGAAACAGGAGCAGCAAGUCUUGAGCCCACUGAAGCUGACCUGGUGCCGCGGAGAGGGUACCAGGAGUAUGCCAUCCAACAGACCCCGUAUGAGCAGCCGAUGAAGUCAAGCAGGCUAGGUCCUACCCAACUGAAAAUCUUCACUUGUGAAUACUGCAACAAGGUCUUCAAGUUCAAGCACUCACUGCAGGCUCACCUGCGGAUCCACACCAAUGAGAAGCCAUACAAGUGUUCCCAGUGCAGCUACGCCAGUGCCAUCAAGGCUAACCUCAAUGUGCACCUACGCAAGCACACUGGUGAGAAGUUCGCCUGUGACUACUGCUCUUUCACCUGCCUCAGCAAAGGCCACCUCAAGGUGCACAUUGAGCGGGUGCACAAGAAGAUCAAGCAGCACUGCCGGUUUUGCAAGAAGAAGUACUCUGAUGUCAAGAACCUCAUCAAGCACAUCCGGGACACACAUGACCCACAGGACAAGAAGGUCAAGGAGGCCCUGGAUGAGCUCCGCCUAAUGACAAGGGAGGGCAAGCGGCAGCUGCUCUAUGACUGCCACAUCUGCGAACGCAAGUUUAAGAAUGAGCUGGACCGGGACCGCCACAUGCUGGUUCAUGGCGACAAGUGGCCCUAUGCUUGUGAGCUCUGUGGCCACGGGGCCACUAAGUACCAGGCCCUGGAGUUGCACGUCAGGAAGCACCCCUUUGUGUAUGUCUGUGCCAUUUGCCUCAAGAAGUUUGUCAGCUCCAUCAGGCUGCGCUCCCACAUCAGAGAGGUGCACGGGGCAGCCCAGGAGGCCCUGGUCUUCACCAGUUCCAUCAACCAGAGCUUCUGCCUCCUGGAGCCAGGAGGAGACAUCCAGCAAGAAGCCCUGGGGGACCAGCUGCAUCUAGUGGAAGAGGAGUUUGUGUGCCAGAGGGUAGAUGCGCUGAAAGAGGAGACUGGUCCCGAGGGUGCUCAGUGUGAGGAGGAGCAGAAGGAGCUGGAAGUCCCUGUGGAAAUGCCUGGCCCAGAAAUGCCCUUGGCCAGCCCUCAGGCUGAAAGUGAUGCCCUGCCACCCUGUGAGCUGGAAACCACAGUGGUCUCAGCAGAUCUGCAUUCUCUUGCAGUGGUUUCUGAUGAAUUUUUAUUGAAAAAUGAUACCUCCUCUACUGAGGCUCAUGCUGCUGCCGAGAAGACCUUGGACACCCAGCAUGGAGGCUCAGCCCAGACUCAGGGUGAAGAAAUCAUUCUACUCCUGUCCAAGACCAAAAGUGCUGGGCCCAGCCCAGAGACCCAGAGUGCCAAGAGCCCUCUAGGUGAGGGCCAGGAAAUGACUCCCCUCCCAGCCAGUGAGCCUGAUCCCAGCAUAUGUCUCAGGCCGAACCUAGCUGAGGCCUCGGACCUCCUUCCUCCAGUGGCCAGUGAGGGAGAUGCUGAUGUGCUCCAGUCUGACUCUUGUAAACCUGCCUCUGAGCACCAGCCUGGCAGCACUGCGUUCAUGAAGGUCCUGGACAGUUUGCAGAAGAAACAAAUGAACACUGGCCUGUGUGAGAGGAUCCGCAAGGUUUACGGAGACCUGGAGUGUGAAUACUGUGGCAAACUUUUUUGGUACCAAGUGCAUUUUGACAUGCAUGUCCGCACCCACACCCGAGAACAUCUGUAUUAUUGCUCCCAGUGUCAUUAUUCUUCCAUCACCAAAAACUGCCUUAAACGCCAUGUAAUUCAGAAACACAGUAACAUCUUGCUGAAGUGUCCCACUGACGGCUGUGACUACUCGACUCCAGAUAAAUAUAAGCUACAGGCACAUCUUAAAGUUCAUACAGAGCUGGACAAAAGGAGCUAUUCUUGUCCUGUGUGUGAAAAGUCUUUUUCAGAAGAUCGAUUGAUAAAGUCACAUAUCAAGACCAACCAUCCUGAGGUCUCCAUGAGCACCAUUUCUGAGGUGCUUGGGAGGCGGGUGCAGCUGAAAGGGCUAAUUGGAAAGAGAGCCAUGAAGUGCCCAUACUGUGAUUUCUAUUUCAUGAAGAACGGCUCAGACCUUCAGCGGCACAUCUGGGCUCAUGAGGGUGUGAAGCCCUUCAAGUGUUCUUUGUGUGAGUAUGCAACUCGUAGCAAGAGUAACCUCAAGGCUCAUAUGAAUCGUCACAGCACUGAGAAGACGCACCUGUGUGACAUGUGUGGCAAGAAAUUCAAAUCAAAGGGGACGCUGAAGAGUCACAAGCUCCUUCACACGGCUGACGGAAAAACAGAAAAGUAAUUUGCUGAUUUUCCUAAACUGCACCUUUUGAGCCCAACUCUUCUGAACGACUCUGGUACUACAGUGAGGACCUGAAGCUUUACCUGAAGCCCAAGCCCUGCAAGUUUUGUUGCUGGUGCUCUCUGAUCCCCAGAAAGUAUGAACUGGCCACAUUCGCUCCUCAUCGCUUUGGCAUUUUGUCAUCUAUUCCAAGGCGCUUUUGGAGUUUCUCAGU